AUGAAGCUUGUGGCACCGUGUUGGAAACCUUCUGUUGAGGGUGAAAAUUCUAAUAAUAGAGGCGGGGAUGUGAGUGGUCGGCUUGAUGGUUUGUUGUGGUACAAAGAUUCAGGACACCAUGUUAACGGGGAUUUCUCAAUGGCGGUAAUUCAGGCAAACAAUUUGUUGGAAGACCAUAGCCAACUUGAAUCAGGGCCACUGAGCUCGCUCGAAUCAGGUCCUCAUGGAACAUUUGUUGGAAUUUAUGAUGGACAUGGAGGUCCAGAAGCAUCCCGGUUUUUAAAUGAGCACUUGUUCAACAAUUUUAAGACUAUUCAUGGUGCAGAAUUCACAUCAGAGAAUCAGGGAAUGUCCGCUGAUGUUAUCACCAAAGCAUUUUUGGCAACUGAAGAGGAAUUCCUCUCUCUAGUAAAGAAGCAGUGGAUAAUUAAGCCACUGCUUGCUUCUGUUGGUUCAUGUUGUUUGGUAGGCGUAGUAUGUAGUGGGCUGCUAUACAUAGCAAAUGCGGGAGAUUCUCGGGUGGUUUUAGGAAGACUGGAAAAGACCGUUAAACAGGUAAAAGCUGUUCAGUUAUCAAUCGAACACAAUGCAAGUAUAGAAUCUGUGAGAGAGGAACUGCGCUUGUUGCAUCCCGAUGAUCCACAGAUUGUGGUACUAAAGCAUAAGGUGUGGCGCGUGAAGGGUUUGAUACAGGUUUCAAGGUCCAUUGGCGAUGCCUACCUGAAGCGGCAAGAAUUUAACAAGGAACCUCUAUUGGCAAAGUUUAGACUAUCAGAACCCUUCCACAAGCCAAUCCUUAAAGCUGAGCCAACAAUAUUAGUCCAAAAACUCUACCCUGAAGAUCAGUUUCUCAUAUUUGCAUCAGAUGGCCUAUGGGAGCAGUUAAGCAGUCAAGAGGCAGUUGACAUUGUCCAGAACUAUCCGCGUAAUGGUAUUGCAAGGAAACUUGUCAAAGCUGCGCUUCACGAAGCAGCCAAGAAGAGAGAAAUGAGAUACUCCGACUUAAAAAAGAUCGACCGAGGGGUGAGGAGACAUUUUCAUGAUGAUAUCACAGUGGUAGUGCUGUUCCUGGAUUCGCAUCUGGUCAGUCGUAGCUACUGGCAUGGGCCUCUGCUUUCAGUUAAGGGAGGUGGCGGUGUCCCUGCCAGCACCUAG